AUGAUGAGAUCGCUCCGAAAUUUCGAAUGCUACCUUCAAAAGUGCUGGCAUUCAGGGAAGAACAAUCGGCACCUAGCUACAAAAGAGGUAGGAGAGAGAGUCACAAUCUUGGCAUGCAGCAAUGCAACAGGCAGCCGUAAGUUCAAACUAGCACUUACAGGCAAAUCAAAGAAUCCCCGGACGUUUAAAAAGGUAAACACGUACACUAAUGGGACCGAAAAACCAACUAUGAUCUUCCUGUUUAGUACCGGAAUCCGUCAAACGGAUUCCGGUACUAAACAGGAAGGAUGUUUUCAUCAAACGGAUCCGAUGGAGCAAUAUUUAACCUCAUCCCAUCCUGAUACAGAACAGUUAGGAGACGAAGAUAUAAGAGCUAUGUUUCUCCCUCCUAAAGUAACUUUAGUGUGUCAGCCGAUAGACCAGGACGUUUUGGAGGCACUGAAGAAAAUGUACAGACGUAAAUUUCUUUCAUUUUUUGUCCUGACCUUCGAGGAAGUAUGUGAUACGAUUGAGAAACUGAAAAAAAUAGAUAUGUUGUAUGUUAAUGGAUGGAUAGUUCACACUUGA